CUGGCGUCGGCACCCAGGCGGGCGCGGCCCGAGCGGCGAGCGGCGAUGAUCCCCGAGGAGAGGCCCGACGGUCCGGGCGCCGGCGAGGAGAGCGGCCGGCUGCAGGCGGCCGGCAGCGUCCGCAAGGGCUGUGACCCCCUGGCACAGACACAGCGAGGCCGCCCACAGAGCCACAGGGCCCGGAUCCACCAGCAGAUCAACAAGGAGCUGCGGAUGCGGACGGGUGCCGAGAACCUCUACAGAGCUACCAGCAACGCCCGGGUCAGGGAGACAGUGGCCCUGGAGCUGAGCUAUGUCAACUGCAACCUGCAGCUGCUGAAGGAGGAGCUGGAAGACCUCAGCAGCAGCGUGGACGCGGCCCAGCCCGAGAGUGAAGGUGUUACUGUCCCCAUGAUCCCCCUGGGGCUGAAGGAGACCAAGGAGCUGGACUGGUCCACACCCCUGAAGGAGCUGAUCUCAGGGCACUUUGGAGAGGAUGGCACCUCCUACGAGGCCGAAAUCAGGGAGCUGGAGGACCUGCGGCAGGCUAUGCGGACCCCCAGCCGGAGCAAGGCAGGCCUGGAGCUGCUCAUGGCCUACUACAACCAGCUCUGCCUCCUGGAUGCACGCUUCGCGGCCCCUGCCGGGAGCCUCGGGCUGCUCUUCCACUGGUACGACUCGCUGACAGGACUCCCAGCCCAGCAGCGGGCCCUGGCCUUCGAGAAGGGCAGCGUGCUCUUCAACAUCGGUGCCCUCCACACCCAGAUAGGGGCUCGCCAGGACCGCUCCUGCCCCGAGGGCGCCAGGCGCGCGGCGGAGGCCUUUCAGAGGGCUGCUGGGGCCUUCAGCCUUCUGAGGGAGAACUUCUCGCGGGCACCGAGCCUGGACAUGAGCCCCGCCUCGCUCUCCAUGCUGGAGCAGCUCAUGGCCGCCCAGGCCCAGGAAUGCGUCUUUGAGGGCCUCUCGCUGCCGGCCCCCAUGGCCCCCCACGACUGCCUAGCCCAGCUGCGCCUGGCUCAGGAGGCUGCCCAGGUGGCGGCCGAGUACGGGCUGGCGCACAGGACAAUGACCCAGCCACCCGUCCGAGACUACGUGCCCUUCCCCUGGACCACCCUGGUGCAUGUCAAGGCCGAGCACUUCCGUGCCCUGGCCCACUACCACGCGGCCAUGGCCCUCUGUGACGGCCCCCCGGCAGCCGAGGUGGAGUUCCCGGCGCUCGAGCAGGUCUUCCUCGGGCUCCCAGCCUCGUCUGAGCCCCGGGGCCCCGCGCUGCCACAGGAGCAGGAGGAGCGCAGGAAGCUGGGCAAGGCCCACCUGAAGCGUGCCAUUCUGGGGCAGGAGGAGGCUCUGCGGCUGCACGCGGUGUGCCGCGCCCUGCGCAGGGUGGACCUACUGCAGGCCGUGCUGGUCCAGGCGCUGCAGCACUCGCUGGCCAAGUACUCGGAGCUCGACCGAGAGGACGACUUUUUCGAGGCCACGGAGGCCCCUGAUAUCCAGCCCAAGACACAGCAGAGGCUGGAGGUCAGGGCACCCAGCUUCUCCCAGGUGAAGGUGGCUGACAUCUUCCACCGGCUGGGGCCCCUGUCCGUGUUCUCUGCCAAGAACCGCUGGCGGCUAGUGGGGCCCGUCCACGUUACCCGGGGAGAGAGUGGCUUUGGUUUCACGCUGCGGGGAGACUCGCCAGUCCUCAUCGCUGCUGUCAUUCCUGGGGGCCGAGCUGCGGCGGCUGGCCUGCAGGAGGGAGACUACAUUGUGUCCGUGGAGGGGCAGCCGUGCAAGUGGUGGAAGCACGCCGAGGUGGUGGCCCGGCUGAAGGGCGCGGGCGCCGAGGGGGUGAGCCUACAGGUGGUGACACUGCUGCCCAGCGCCGAGCCACCCGGCCCGGGGGACCGCCGGCCGGCCCUCGGGGGACUUCUGAGGAGCCAGAAGGAGUGUAGCUGGGACAUGCCAGUGCCCGCACGAGCCAGCCCCAGGCCCCUCCUUGGCUGGAGCCGCAAGGCCAGGAGGGGCAAGACUGGGGGGAGGCUGUCCCCAGCCCCACACCCCUGAGCCGCACGCUGCCCUCACCCUCUGGGUGCCCAGGGUGGCAGAGAGGGGCAGGCUGCCCACAC